CUCCUUUGUUUUUUAUUUGCUUUACUUAUUAUAAAUAUGGCAUCGUCAUCAUUGGCCUGGACCUACGUGUGGAUGUUUUUCGACAAGUCGCGAGAGUGGACUAUGUUCUUAUCGUUCGCAGCGGCUAUAUACUAUCACAACGCACUGGUUGCGCAUUUGAAUAUUGGAGCCGUUUUGUGCGCAGUAUUGGCAAAAGGUCUCAAGCUGAUCAUUCGUCAAGACCGACCAGUCGACGCCAAAACGAAGAAAACCUCCUUUGGAAUGCCAUCCACCCACUCGGCGUCGGCUAUGUACUUUGGCACAUACUUGACAUAUCUAUUAAUCGGUGAUAAAAUCAACCAGCCAUUUACUGCAGUGCCUUUGGCAAAUGCCCUGGCGGCUUCAGCAGCACUACUGAUUUUUUUAAACGGAUACCAUUCAAUAGCACAGGUCCUUGCUGGCAGUUUUCUUGGUGUAGCAUUCGCCACAACCUGGCUGAACAAUCGGGUUUAUGUUGCACCAUAUAUCGAGAUGCUACUCGUAGUACUGAAUCUGCAGUAGUGGCUUGUUUUUCCUUGACAAAUAAAUAUGAAUAGA